ACACAUAGUUUGGAAUGGUGUUUUCUUCCAGUAGAAUGAAAAUUUUCUGGAAUCAUUUCCAAGGAGAAGCCUCUCGAAAGCACGAAACUCUUGGGGCAAAAAAGCUUGUGCGCGUGUGUUGUUGAAUCCCAUACUCCAAGUUGCGGAAAAGUUCUCUCCGUGGGAUAGGAAAGAGUACGACUGGCUAUCGUUUUGGGGGUGAAAAUGUAACUUCGUGCAGUGCCGGAGACGUCAGUUUACACCAUCACCAGCAACGCGAUACACAGCGCACAAUUUUUUUUUUGCAUUGAAAACUCUGGUGAGACAAAGUUCAUCCAAGAAUGUGACCCAAAUACCAUUUGCAAUUUGAAUUUUUCAUUAGACCCGUGAAACACGACUGGUUUCGCUGACAAUUGUGCCAUUUUUAGCAUCUUACAGAACUCUCUUUUGUGAUUAGGUGACAAGUGUGAGUGGGGAGCUGGGACAGGGAGAUAAAAAUCCAUGAAAAAUUCAUAGUGUCAACAUAUGCAGGUGAUUUUGUGCACUCAUGAACAACUUGAGAAUUAAUUUGCGUGAGCUUUGGUGAGACAAGUGUAUUGAAAUUGGAAUACAUAGUUACACAACGCCAAUUGCUUUAUCACACCGACAGUGCUUUAAGUGCGGGGGAGCUUUUUGGCACCAAGUGGCAAUUUCUUUUUUCUCUCUCAAUUGUGAUGCAAUAAGUUUGUGUUGGAAGUUUCCAACAUCUCUUAGAUAACAAAAUAUAUUCUGGACAAAAAUUGCUUCAACAGAGACUCUUAGCACGUAAAUACGAUGCUUGAAUGAGCUUUAGACGCAAGAAGAGACGACGAGGUGGAAUUCUGUGCUAUAUAUUUCUACCCCAUUUGGCUCUCAAUAGUCGUGUGGAGUGGUAAAAGAGAAAAAAAGAGUGUUUGGGGCAUAAAUUCCACUCUGUCACGUAAAAUUUUUGCCAAGUUGUGAAAGCUCACCAGGCGCCUCCAUCGAAAUCCUACAUAGCGCCGUAGCUUCCGGGCCAAAAUGAUUCGUGAGUGAAUUUUUGUGCAUAAAUUAUCACCCCCAGUUUACAAACAAUGUGGAAGUGUGAAAAUAGCGUUGAAUUAUGACCCGCAACAAAUGCUGUGUCAAUUGUUUCCGGCAUAAAAUCCUUUAGUAUUCCAAAGUAUUUCUGUGCGUGUGCUUUUGCCUCCGAAGUCUCGUGGCAGUUUCCCGUUUCGUACAAUGAAAAGUGUCCACUGGACAUUAAAAUUGUGGCCACUGAUCCUGUGCUCACGACAAACACUCUUCUGCUCAGCAAUUAUUGCAAUUUACAGCUAUUUAGCCAUUUCCAAUGUGCCUCCAGUUUUGGCAAUAAAUGCCACGUCGAAGAAGUCACCCAGCGACUUGGCAGUCCACUCGAGAACAAUGCCAGAAAUUGGGCAAACUGCUCCAAAUCUCGAUGAUGAUGAUGAAUAUUUUGAGGAUGACGACGAGCUGUCGGAAACUGAGAGACUCAAGAAAAAUGGAACAGCCAAAGGCAUGUACAUCGGUGCUGAUUGUGAAUUCACCUGCAACCCGAGACUGCGUCAUGUUUUUUGCGACCCCAGCUCCAACACAUGUGGCUGUGAGAAGAAUUAUCCUGUCAUUAUUGGCUUAACCAAAGGAUGUGCCAAACCGAAAAAGUUAGGUGAUCAGUGCUUCUGGCAUGAGACAUGUACUUACAAUGAUCCCAACUCACUCUGUGUUCAAGUAAGCCACAAUGCACUAUGCCAGUGCGCUGAUGGCUUUCACUCGGUCAGCUAUCAGAAACCAACGAAGAGGGUCUUCUGCACAGAAGACAUGGCUGCAAUAACAUCUGACCUUCCAACUCUUCUGGGUGUUAUCACGGGGAUUGUUGUGCUGGCCGGCCUCAUAUGCAUGGUACUGCAUCUCUUCUCGAAAACCAAGUAUCCGCGUCACCGGAACUUUGCAGACGCCAAUCUGCCUCCGCCAAUCCUCUACUCUAGCGAUACAGAUAUGGUUCUCCUUUCAGGAAUACCGCUGACAAUCCAAUCAGCACGGCCUUCGUCACGAUCCAGUAUUCGAUCCAGCGGAUCGAUAGGUUCCUUCACAAAUCGGCGCUCCUCGAGCGCUCCCCAGGCCGGCUCUAAGGGUGUCCUAGUGUCCACAUCACGGACAGGUUCUCGACGACCAAGUUUAGCGUCAGUGCAUAGUACGAGUUCAUCGGUGAAGAGCUAUAGCAUGAUGCGUUUCGAGAAGGAGCUGGAACAGAAGCAACUGCGGCAGGAGAUGAAGGUGCGCCUGGCCCAGCUCCAGCGUCAGAACAAUCUUAUCCACAAUCGACCGCAAAUCACAAUUGUGGACGCUAUGCACAUGGCGGGACCGUCAAGAUCUUCCGCCGCAACGCCUAGUCCUAUGACGCCUAACUCCACGGAUGAACUCCUGCCUAUCGUCGACGAGAACCAAGAGUUUACAUCCCUUUUCACCAGCAGACCGUGUGUAUCAUUCAGCGGAGCAGGAAGCUCCACAGAGGGCCUCCUCUAGAAAUAUCACUCACAUCCUCUCUGCAUCCGAACUAGAGAUUAUUUGUGUGGUGACUUCAUUCCAAUUGCUCUGGAUGGCGAGACCAAGUAUAGGAGUAUAGUGCUCCUUUACGUUGAAGUACUACAUUCUUUUGAGUUUUGGCACGGAAAACAGUGAUGGUUCAUAGUGAAUCUCGAGGCGAUAUAGAAAAUUUUUGGUGUUGUUUUGUAUUAAUAAAAAAACAUCCCGUGAAGUUGAAUAUUAAAUUAAAUCGAUAAUAAGGUGAGAAGAACCAAAAGUGUAUUAUCCGUAUCAAUAGAUCCUUGUUAAAUGUUCAAUGUUCUGAGUUUUAAGGCAACCAUUAGAAAAUGUGGUGUUUGUCAGAAAAUAACUAAGAAGCACUAUCUUUCAUUCAGUUUAUAGAAAAAAGCAGUAAAUAUUAAAAAAAAAUCUUCCACAGAGACAGAGAUUUUUCUCAACUAAGAUUAUAACACAAAUAAAAUUUCCCUUUAAAACUGAUAUAGCUAAAUGAUAGUUUUCAAAAAAAAAUCGAAAUAAGAAAGAGGACAUACAAAAGCUCUGUCACGUGAGGAUAGUGUAUCAAAAAUGAGGCCAUAUAGAUUUUGCAAACACUACAAAAAUCAAUUUGUUUAUCGAAAAUAUUUGUAGAUAGAUUUAAAAAGAUAAAAACAAAACGAGGGUGAACAUUUUGUUUAUUGCGUUAAAUUGUUGAAUAACCAGAUGAUACAAUAAGAACUUAUACACAGGUGAAAUAUCAAAUAGUAGAAUUUUCAUAAAAGUAGAGCAAGAGACGUUGAAAUGGUGAAGAUUGUGAGAGUAUGAAGGAAUAAUGCCUAAAAUGGAGAUGCCUAGUACUUUUGAAUUUUGAUUUAAAGAACUCUCUAUCUUUCUCUUAACAAACUUUAUUAAAAAAAAAAGAAUACAAUCUUUUAUUAAAAUAAAUUCUAUAAACAACGACAGAUUUUUUGCUACAAUAAAAUCAUUGUGUUGCUUUCCAAACCUACAGGAUGUAUCAUAUUUGAAAAAUAGUGCAACAAGGACAAAAAUCAUAAUAACUCUAUCAUGUAAUUUAUGAGUAUGUAAUAUGUGAAGUUUGUCAUCAAAAGUACACAGCUGUGUAAAGAAGAACAUCCAAGAGGGAGAUAAUAAAUCAAAUUUCGUGAGA